AUGACGCAGCAUACGUUGGUUUACGACUACAAGCCACGUGACUACGUGCUCUCACGGUUACUCUGCACGCCUCUGUUUCACGUCUCUAAUGUCCCACGCGCAUACACCUCACCUCUCCGCUCUGGUUCAAAAACCUACAUCAUGCGACGUUUCGAGCUCGAGCCCUUCCUGCGCUACAUGGAGCGCUUCCAGAUCACGGAGCUCAACAUGGUCCCGCCGAUGGUCAUUCAAGUUAUCAAUUCUCCCCUCUCCCGCAAGUACUCAUUGAAGGCGGUUAAGAACGGCGGCUGUGGAGCGGCGCCUUUAGCAGCAGAGCCACAAGCGCGGAUGAAAGCGCUGCUCAGUCCCGACGCAGUGUUCAACCAAGUAUGGGGUAUGAGCGAGACGAGCUGUAUCGCGACCAUGAUACACUAUCCCGAACAUGAUCCCACAGGAUCCGUUGGGCGGUUUCUACCUAACCAUGAUGCGAAACUAAUUGAUGAUGAGGGAAAAGACAUCACAGACUACGAUGUCGCAGGCGAGUUAUGCGUUCGCGGACCGCUGAUCGUGAAGGGCUACUACAACAACCCGGAAGCAAAUCGCACGGCAUUCGACGCGGACGGGUAUUUUCACACUGGAGAUGUUGCUUUACGCAAGCGGUCCAGCGGUUUGUGGUACAUUGUGGAUCGCAAGAAGGAACUCAUCAAGGUGAGAGGUUUCCAGUGUGCGCCCGCGGAGCUCGAAGGCGUGCUGCUGUCCCACCCGGCGAUCAGUGAUGCAGGCGUGAUUGGCAUACCGGCUGCUGGCUUUGGAUCAAGCGCUGGGGAGCAAGGCAGCGAAGUGCCGAGAGCGUACAUUGUGCGGAAGAAAGGCGCGAGGCUGGAUGAGAGCGGUGUACACAAGUGGAUGAGGAAGAGACUGGCAGGAUACAAGCAGCUGGUCGGAGGCAUCAUGUUCGUGGAUGUAAUCCCGAAGAAUGCGAGUGGGAAGAUAUUGAAGGGAGAAUUGAGGGCGAUGGCUAAGAAAGGACUGGGUGCAAAGUUGUAG